GUGGACCCUUUGGUGGUUGACAAUGACACAGAGACUCUAAAGGCUGUCAGCAAAGCCAGUCUGCUCGCAUCCUGAGUCUGAACAGUACAUCCUGUCAUCACCCGCCAUGGCUAAGAGCGCAGAGGUCAAACUGGCCAUAUUUGGGAGAGCAGGCGUGGGAAAGUCAGCUAUUGUAGUGAGAUUUCUGACGAAACGAUUCAUCUGGGAAUACGAUCCAACCCUAGAGUCAACCUACCGACACCAGGCAACCAUCGAUGAUGAAGUUGUUUCUAUGGAGAUCCUAGAUACGGCUGGCCAGGAAGACACCAUCCAGAGGGAAGGCCACAUGCGCUGGGGGGAAGGCUUCGUGCUGGUCUACGACAUCACUGAUCGAGGGAGCUUUGAAGAAGUUCUGCCGCUGAAGAAUAUCUUAGACGAAGUAAAAAAGCCCAAAAACGUAACUCUCAUCUUGGUCGGAAACAAGGCAGACUUGGACCACUCCAGACAAGUGAGUACCGAAGAAGGGGAGAAGCUAGCUACAGAGUUGGCAUGUGCGUUUUACGAAUGUUCCGCCUGCACGGGCGAAGGGAACAUCACCGAGGUAUUCUAUGAGCUCUGCCGAGAGGUGCGUCGCCGGAAGAUGGUGCAAGGCAAGACCAGGCGGCGCAGCUCCACCACGCACGUCAAGCAAGCGAUUAACAAGAUGCUCACCAAAAUCAGUAGUUAGAGGCCCUGCCAAGACAUGCUGAAAAUUGAGAAGUUCUUCCUGACUCUUCCUUUGCCCUUCCAAACACUAGCGAAAUAUUCUUCUCCUCAUUCUGACUUUGGGAAAUGUCCGGGUUUGUCAUGGUUCCUGGUCUGCUAUAUGCUGGGAAGUUCUCCAGUGUCCUCGGUCCUGAUGCUGUGACAGUCUCUCCCUUACCUGCUAGCGUAGGAUCCGUGCUAAUGUAGUUUGAAGAUGUAACCACCAAAGAUGCUGAAGUGGCUAGGCUUGCAGAAGCUAAUUUUAGGCAUCCCUGCCUUGCUUAAAUAAGUUGAAAUCUUUUCAAAGGCAUUUUAAGAUUCUGUUUCUUGUAGGAUACUGCAAAGGUCGCCAUAGCGUUUUGUAAUGUCUAGUGAGAACUUGCGAAGGGUAGCUCAGCAAUUGGAAUGGGAACAGAACUCUAGUUUCCUUUUGAAGUAAGGCUU